AACAUAUUUAAUUUAAAUUUUUAAAUUUUUUUAUGAACUAGUUUUAUGAAUUUAUACAUCUUUACAAAUAACAAAAAUUAAAACCAAGAUAAACAAAAUGCAAUUAUUCAAGAUAGUUUUGUUUUCCGUAUUCAUUUUUAUGUUAUUAAAUGAAACUUAUACAUCUGGUUCAAAUUCCAGUUUAGAAUUAAGUGAACAGUCAGAGGAGGAUACAACAAAUGAAAAAAGUAACGAAGACAACGAAGAAAACGACUCUUCUUCGAAAUCGUCAUCAAAAAAAAAGAAAGCAGAAUCGUCAUCAAAAAAUAAGAAUGGAGAUUCUAAAUUAAAAAAAACACUGGAUGUUGCAAACUCAGUAAUAAAAUGUACUAAAAAAGUUAGCAAUGAUCAAUUGGAUAAUAUAAAAGAAGGUGUGAACAAAGUAACCAGUGCAACUUCAACAUGCUUCAAUAGUUGUCGUGAUGUGUGUGAUGUGUGUGGUGAUAUGUGUUGUGGUAUGUGUGAUUAAUAGAAUUAUAAUCUAAUAUAAAUAAAAAAAUAUUACUUGUGUUCUUCACAAGUAUUCACAUAUAUAAUGUGAAUAUAUUCACAUUACUAUUUGAGGAAAUAUAUUUAACAUGUAUUUAUCAAAAUAAAUCCAAUGUUAUAUUAAUAUUUUAAUAAAUAUUUCUAUUAUAAGAAUAUAAAAAUCUUCAA